AUGAGUGGUAUGGGCAUUGACCAUUCUACAAACAAUGGUGAAAUCCAAGGGAUAUCAUCGAUCGUACGCCAGACGGAGGAUUUAGUAUUGUCAGACGCUACAGAGAAGGCAAUCAAAGAGGCAUCCACACUUGUUUAUUUUACAAGCAGAAAUGGAAUCGAUCCAAGUGUCUUGCUGGGUCGAAGCAAAUACGAGGGGCUUCUAAGUGCCGGCCAUAAUGAUAAAGCCCACAGGAGCUCUCGGCAGUCGGCAGACUAA